UAAACAGGGUGGUCCAUCAGAUCAGCCUCAUCAUCUGCCCGAGUUCUCCAUCUCAGCAGAAGAACCCAUUCUCCACGUCUCCUCCAGGAAGACAUCUCUCAUCUUUUACUGGUAUUCCAAUACAACCACAACAUGUCUGACGCAGUCAUUCAGAUCUCUAUCAGUCCUCAGGAUGAAGAGAAAUUUAGAAAAGAGCACUACACUAAAGUUCAGGGUGACCUCAACAGUGGAACCGAAGGGAAACCUAUGUUCAUCUGGUAUAAAAAGGAGAGCCUUUCCUCCAUCAACAGAAUCCAGUUCUCAUUCAGACCAGAGAUGGAUGCUGGUCUUACUGCUGCUGGCUUCAAAAAGAUAAAUAAAAACCUAAAUGCUAGAACAAAAGGUGACCCGAUAUUCCUGUGGUACAUGAGUGACACCACUGAGUCUGACGUCUCCAUUGUGGAUCUGAGGGUGACCAUCAGUGUAACGGAUGAGCCAAUCCUGUUCAAGUCCGGAUGGGAGCGUCUGGGCUGUAAUCUGAACCGCGGCGCUGAUGGACAUCCAGUUUAUCUCUGGGUGAAGUGGAACAAACAAACCUACAUCUCCGACAUCAGAGGUUCUGAGAGUUUCACUUUAGACACAGAUAACUUCAAUACAGGCUUCUUCCGAGUGGAUCAAAACACCAAUGGAGGAGCAAAAUCUACUUUAGUGUUCCUCUGGUAUCAACGUACCACAGAUGCCGAUGCCAGUGGCAUGACUGCCCUCGGCGUUUCUCUCUGUGCAGAUGAUGAGGAUCACCUGAAAAAAAAACACUUCGUAAAGGUUGAUACCAAUCUCCAUGGGGGACACACACCAUGUGGAAAUGGUGUGUAUCUGUGGUACAAGCCUGGAGAAACCUCCAAGAUCCAGUACUUCACUGUGCUGGUGGGAGAAGAAGCUCGGAGAGUCUACAAAGAGCAUGGCUGCAACGUUGUGGAGAAAAAUCUGAGUGGUUGUGGUUUUACACCUCUGUAUAUUGCUUAUUAUGUAGAGUGAUAUACUCUCAGUCUCAUAUCAGUCUCAGUGUCAGUAUAAUCAACAUAAUCACAUAUCUGUCUGCACUGAGAACACGCUUACGCUUAGAGAACCCUGUACUAGAUACUGAUUAAUAGCGAAAAACAAUCAUGUUUAACAAAGUUUAACGAUGUCUGUAUCAGUUUAAAUGAAUAAUGUGUGUAACAGGAAGUUCUGAUCAGCUUCUUCUCUGCAUUUCUGAUCUGUCUCUGAUUAAAGCAUCAUAAAAGAC